CUGCUGACGUCACGCGGCGGCGUGCGGGCCCCGCCCCUGCCGGCGUCACGGCGCACGCCGCGAGGAUGCCAUAGGAGGCGGUGCAGGUGCGCGAGGUCUGCGUCGCGUCGUGGUCCACGCAGGAGCCAUGAGCGGCCCGGGAAACCUGAUGGACUUCUUGGACGAGCCGUUCCCCGACGUGGGGACCUACGAGGACUUCCACACCAUCGACUGGCUGCGGGAGAAGUCGCGGGACACCGACCGGCACAGGAAGAUCACCAGCAGGAGCAGGGAGUCCGUGUGGGAGUUCGUCAAGAGCUUGCUGGACGCCUGGUCGGGGUGGGCGGUGAUGCUGCUCAUCGGGCUGCUGGCAGGCACCCUGGCCGGGGUCAUCGACCUGGCCGUGGACUGGAUGACCGACCUGAAGGAGGGCGUGUGCCUGUCCGCCUUCUGGUACAGCCACGAGCAGUGCUGCUGGACGUCCAACGAGACCACGUUCGAGGACCGCGACAGGUGCCCGCAGUGGCAGACGUGGUCGGAGCUGCUGGUGAACCGGUCGGAGGGGGCCAGCGCCUACGUCCUCAACUACCUGAUGUACAUCCUGUGGGCGCUGCUCUUUGCCUUCCUGGCCGUGUCCCUGGUGCGCGUCUUCGCGCCCUACGCCUGCGGCUCCGGGAUCCCGGAGAUCAAGACCAUCCUGAGCGGCUUCAUCAUCCGGGGCUACCUGGGCAAGUGGACGCUGCUCAUCAAGACGGUCACCCUGGUGCUGGUGGUGUCGUCCGGGCUCAGCCUGGGCAAGGAGGGGCCGCUGGUGCACGUGGCCUGCUGCUGCGGGAACCUCUUCAGCGGCCUCUUCUCCAAGUACAGCCGCAACGAGGGCAAGAGGCGGGAGGUGCUGUCGGCCGCCGCCGCCGCGGGCGUCUCCGUGGCCUUCGGGGCCCCGAUCGGGGGUGUGCUGUUCAGCCUGGAGGAGGUCAGCUACUACUUCCCCCUGAAGACGCUGUGGAGGUCCUUCUUCGCGGCCCUGGUGGCGGCCUUCACGCUGCGGUCCAUCAACCCCUUCGGCAACAGCCGGCUGGUGCUGUUCUACGUGGAGUACCACACGCCCUGGUACAUGGCCGAGCUGCUCCCCUUCAUCCUGCUGGGCGUCUUCGGGGGCCUGUGGGGGGCGCUGUUCAUCCGCGGCAACAUCGCCUGGUGCCGGAGGCGCAAGACCACCCGGCUGGGCCGGUACCCGGUGCUGGAGGUGCUGGCGGUCACGGCCGUCACGGCCGUCGCCGCCUACCCGAACCCCUACACGCGGCGCAGCACCAGCGAGCUCAUCUCCGAGCUGUUCAAUGACUGCGGCGCCCUGGCGUCCUCCCAGCUCUGCGACUACGUCAGCGACCCCAACAUGACCCGGCCGCUGGACGACAUCCCCGACCGGCCGGCCGGGCGCGGGGUCUACACCGCCAUGUGGCAGCUGGCCCUGGCGCUGGUCUUCAAGGUCGUCAUCACCGUCUUCACCUUCGGCAUGAAGAUCCCCUCGGGCCUCUUCAUCCCCAGCAUGGCCGUGGGCGCCAUGGCGGGCAGGAUGGUGGGCGUGGGCGUGGAGCAGCUGGCCUACCAUCACCACGACUGGAUCGUCUUCAGGAACUGGUGCCGGCCCGGCGCCGACUGCGUCACGCCCGGACUCUACGCCAUGGUGGGCGCCGCGGCGUGCCUAGGCGGCGUGACCAGGAUGACCGUGUCCCUGGUGGUCAUCAUGUUCGAGCUGACCGGCGGCCUGGAGUACAUCGUGCCCCUGAUGGCGGCGGCCGUGACCAGCAAGUGGGUGGCCGACGCCUUCGGGAAGGAGGGCAUCUACGAGGCGCACAUCCACCUGAACGGGUACCCGUUCCUGGACGUCAAGGACGAGUUCACGCACCGCACGCUGGCCACGGACGUCAUGCGGCCCCGGCGCGGGGAGCCGCCGCUGUCGGUGCUCACCCAGGACGGCAUGACCGUGGAGGACGUGGAGGCGCUCAUCAAGGACACCGACUACAACGGCUUCCCGGUGGUGGUGUCCCGGGACUCCGAGCGCCUCAUCGGCUUCGCCCAGAGGAGGGAGCUCAUCCUGGCCAUCAAGAAUGCCCGGCAGCGGCAGGACGGCGUGGUGAGCAGCUCCGUCACGUACUUCACGGAGGAGCCCCCGGAGCUGCCGGCCAACAGCCCGCAGCCCCUGAAGCUGCGGCGCAUCGUGAACCUCAGCCCCUUCACCGUCACGGACCACACGCCCAUGGAGACCGUGGUGGACAUCUUCCGCAAGCUGGGGCUGCGGCAGUGCCUGGUGACGCGCAGCGGGAGGCUCCUUGGCAUCAUCACCAAGAAGGACGUGCUGAGACACAUGGCCCAGAUGGCCAACCAGGACCCCGAAUCCAUCAUGUUUAACUAGCAGCCAGGGGGCCUCAGUGCUGUGGGGCUCGUGGGUGGGUGUCCAGGCUAUGGUUUGUGUGCAGACGUAGGACACAAAUGCCCAUCAGGAAACUUGACGCUGUCUCCUCCAGGCUGAUGUCUGUAACCUCGGAGCACAGGGAAGCUUCGAGCGCAAAGGCCAAAGAGGGGGUAUCGGCUGGUCGUCCGUGUCAUCCCUGCCGGGGCUUCAUUGGCUCGUUGCUGUUCCUUGUGUGUGGAACUGGCAGGAAGCUGGGGUCAGGAGCCAGAGGUGGGAAUUGAACUCGGAUACUCCAGUGUGGAUGAUGGUUGAUGACUCAGCGGUCAUGUGAUAAUGAUGAGUCGGCAGAAAUGUCCUGAGGACUGACCAGGUAUGAUGACUCCUCAGGUACGUCAUAGUGAUGACUCGCCAGAAAUUUCACAGUGACUCACCAGGUACAUAACAGUGAUGACUCCACAGGUAUGUGAUAAUGAUGUGUCAGCAGAAAUUAUUGAGGACUACCAUGUACAUCAAAACGAUGACUCAUCAGGUGUGUCAUAGUGAUGACAAACCAGAAACUUCACAGUGACUCACCAGGUACAUAAUAGUGAUGACUAAGCAGGUGUGUGAUAGUGAUGAGUCUGCAGAAAUUUCCUGGGGACUCAUCAGGUGUGUCAUAGUGAUGACUCAACAGAAAUUUCACAGUGACUUACCAGGUACAUAGUAGUGAUGACUCAGCAGGUAUGUGAUAAUGAUGAGUCAGCAGAAAUUUCCUGGGGACUGAUCAGGUACGUCAUAGUGUUGACUCAGCAGAAAUUUCACACUGACUCACUGCCUGGCCAAACACCACCCGCUUUGGUUUUCCAAUAGAAUGAAAUUCACAGUCUUGUUCCUAGCACCAAAGUAUUGAGUGACAAACCCUUCUGUCAGUGUUGUUAUUGGGGUUUCCAUGGAACAUUUGCAACUGAAACUGGAUUCUUCUGGACUUGAAUCCCUAAAAAAGUCAAAGACACUGCAUGGUAGUUCUCCUCUUCUCUGCGUGUGGCUCCCCUCGGAGCUGGCCUGUCAUGGGAAAACACGGUUCUGUCAUAGCCUGUCUCUUAUAUGUCAUCCCAGCACCCUGCUAGCCGAAACAAGGUUCUUCCGAAGGGAACACAAAGCAAUGGUGCCGCAGCCAAGGGUCACGGAAUCUGCGGACGACUUCCCAUUUAGUGCCGCUGAGGCCAUGGAGAAGGACGAGGGGACAGGUGGCCUUGGGCGGGGAUCACCCAGGGGAACUUGGGAGCUGUGCGUGUGUUCUGAAUGCUGGCUGUCAUGUCUACGGCCAUACCACCCUGAACGCGCCCGAUCUCGUCUGAAUGAUGGCUGUCAGACAGUUGUAGGGCUUUCUGGAUAUUUCCUAGUCAGUUUUUAACGUUAAAAAAAAAAAUCCUAUAAAUAGUGGAGGAGGCGUUCUUCCGUGAGGAACAUCACCGAUUUCUUUUUCUCUCUAUCCCUAAGGAAAUGGGUUGGCCCAAUAAAGGGCAUCUUGAAAAUGAAAAAAAAAAAAAGAA